CCUGCAUGCAGAGAUGAAUUAGAGUAGCCAUUUAGAGUAGCUGCUUUUCUGACAGAAACUCAUAUGGAGAUUACACACAGACAGCACUGGAGAUCAGGAUCGAACCGGGGACCCUGGAACUGUGAGGCAACAGCACUAGCAGCAAGGCCGCCCCAUAUCUGACUGUAAUUUGAUGACUGAUCUUUGAUGUAUUGAAGUUAUUUCAAUCAUCACCAUUCAAACAAUUGCAUGUGUCUGCAUAAAAGGAGGGAGGUCCGUGUGGAAUCCAGGCAGCUCUUUGAUGUGAGAGGAAUUAUCCAAUCCGAAAAGGCACGUCCAAAACAAUGCUGAAAGGCAAAAAAAAACCAACUGGCUGCUUCAGUUCAGCAAAGUCUUUCUUGACAGAAGCCAGAAGGAAAGGACUUGAGUGCUUACUUAUACUCCCGGAAAACAUUUUGAAGACAUUCCAAGUCUGAGGAGACCACAGAAGCUUGUGAUCUCUGCUUCCUUAAAGAGGCAGCCACCUUGAAAGACUGCGUUACACUGUAAAAAUGUUGAGCAAAUCUUACAGCCAAAUAGGGAUUCGAACAUAGACGUGUAGGACAGCCUGUGUUCUCUGUGAAAUUCCAGGUUAACCCAUUCCUUUCCUGAUGUUGUCCUCACAUGUUUGAAAAGUUGAAACAGAAGAUUUUCUGGAUUCUUCCACGGCAAGUAUAAAGGAAAGCUGUUGUGUUUGAACUCCGGAAUUUAAAAUGGAUAAUAAUCAGCAAGAAGGAGUAAUCCCCUACCCAGGACCCAUGGGGAUGUCUUUGGCCAGGGUACAUGACUACUUUGGGGUGCCUUUCUCCGAGGGUUUGCCAUUGACAUUUCCCGUUGAAGCAGCCUACUUGGACAGUACGUUGCAUGAAGCCUAUGCCAGUAGAAUGUCCUACCUGCCGUUGCACAGUCACCUGGGCGUCUAUGACUAUUCCUUUGAGCCCGCUUUCAUCAGGAAACGCAACGAGAGGGAGAGGCAGAGAGUGCGCUACGUCAACGAGGGCUACGCACGCCUCAGGGAGCACCUGCCCAAGGGUUUUGCCGACAAAAGACUCAGCAAAGUGGAGACCUUGAGGGCGGCGAUCAGUUACAUCAAGCACCUUCAGGAGCUACUGAACCCGUCAAGGGCCAAGGAGAGGGGGCCUUUGGUGUCAAGGGCUGCCGAGUUCCACGAGGUUAUGUGCCCUCCGCCCAGGAGAGGAGGCAGCAGUGACGGAGAGUCCAAAUCUCCUUCACCCUUCAGUGAACUUGGUGAGCUCAGCAACUAACGUGCGGGCAAGUGGGACCAGCUUCGAUGGGGCAUCAUGGACGAGUUGGGCCGAAGGGCCUGUUUCCGUGCCGUAUCACUCGACCGCUCAGUCAAUCCAAAGAUAACGAUUUGCCUGAACAAAUUUUGCCGGCCAGACUUCUAUUUGGAACUUUCUUUUACACUGACAAAUAAAAGAUGUGGUUGGCUUUCCAUAUUAAUGCAAGUUUUAUUGUACACUAUUAAUGCUUGCCAAAUUAGCAUGGGCAGAAUGGUGGCCUAGUGGUAGAGUUGCUGCCUAUGGUACAGCACCAGAGACGCAGGUUCGAUCCUGGCUAUGGGUGCUGUCUGUACCGUCUCCCCGUGACCUGCGUGGGUUUUCUCCGAGAUCUUCGGUUUCCUCCCACACCAAAAUCGUACAGGUGUGCAGAUUAAUUGGCUUGGUACAAAUGUAAAUUGUCCCCCUAGUGUGUGUAGGAUAGUGUUAGUGUGCGGGGAUCGCUGGUCGGUGGGCCGAAGGGCCUGUUUCUGUGCUGUAUCUCCAAACUAAACUAAAUUGAACAUUCAAGACAGUGCAUUUCUAAGGAGCAUCACAGAAGGUUAAUUCCUGGGAUGGCGGGACUGUCAUAUGUUGAGAGAAUGAAGUGUGAUUUUGUCAUAUGUACAGAAGUAAUCUCUGCAUCUGCUCAACA